AUGCAACAAAAAUGGAACACUUUCAGAGGGCUUAAGAAAGAACUAUGGCAACUUCUUCGAGCUAACAAAAGAGCUUUGCAUCAAAAGUCCCGUGUGAGAUGGUAUUUAGAGGGUGAUCGUAACACACGCUACUUCCACAACGUCGCCUCAACUAGACACAGAGCUAACUUCAUUGGCAAAAUCAUUGCACAAGGCCAUGUGAUUGAUAAUCUGAAGGACAUUAUGGAGGAAAUUGUUAAUCACUUCAAAAUGUUAUAUGGUUAUAAAACUGCUUCAUGCCUUAAAGAACUCAACUGUGGAAUAAAACACUUGGACCAGGUGGUUUCAAUUUUGGUUUCCUCGAAAGGUAGUGGUGAACCAUCAAGAAGGAGGCGAGGUGGACUAUUGUUUAAAGUGGAUUUUGAGAAAGCGUUUGAAAAUGUUUCUUGGGAUUUUCUUGAUCUGGUGAUGAGAAUGAUGGGUUUUGGUGUUAAAUGGCGCUCUUGGAUUUCAGCUUGCAUCUCGACUGUUUCAACUCUCCUCAUGGAAGGCCAAAAUGUUAUCGAUGGGGGGUGUGUUACAGUCCUUAAAUCUGUCUUAAGCAGCCUUCUUAUUUUCCAUAUGUCUUUGUUCCAUAUGCCUGCUCGGAUUAGGAUGGCGAUCCAAAAAAUCUUGAAAAGAAUUGUCAUUGGAAAAUCAGGGUUGGAACCUAACAGGAUCUUACCGAGUCUAGGGAACCCAAGUAAAGCUUCUGGCAUUUGGAAAAACAUCACCAAGCCUUUCUUUGGGGCUUAUGACUUUAGUGCCUUCGUUGUGGACGGAAUAAGUUUAUCCUUGGGGAAUGGUAAUCGUACUAGCUUUUGGGAGGACGAGUGGAUCGAUGAUAUCACCUUUAAGGUCGUUUUCCCUCAAAUCUUUGCUCUAGCAGUUAAAAAGGCUAGCAGCUUUGAGACAUUGGCAAUUGGAAUGGGAAUGAGUGGGCGUGGAAUAUUGAACUAUGCAAGAAUGUCUUUGGAUGGGAAAGCAAACAAUGGGCGUGGAAUAUUGAGCAAGUAUCGAGAAGAUCUAACAAGACUGAGGCUAUUUGAUUCUUCGUGCAUCUUGGGUUAUGCUGUUACUGCUUUUCUUCUACUCAGAUGCGAUUGA